AUGAAAGGUAGAAGACGUCACAACCAUAUUGGUUCUAUAGUGACUAGUUCGGGCAUAGUGGACUCGGUGGCAGAGGUUAAGGAGGAAGUGUUGAACCAUUUUGCUUCCAAAUUUGUGGAAUCCGAUGAGGUUAGGCCUAUUCUUGAAGGAAUUAAUUUUAAGAAGAUAUCUCAUGCGGAGCGGUUUUCUCUGGAAGCUCCUUUCACGGAAGGGGAGAUUAGAGAAGCGGUGUGGGCUUUGAUUCCUAAAUCCUCAAAUCCAUUGGGGUUAGACGAUUAUAGGCCUAUUUAUCUCGUCGGUUGCAUUUACAAAGCUAUUUCCAAGCUUUUGGCGUCUAGACUAAAGUUGGUUUUGAAUUCUAUAGUGUCCCAAUGUCAAAGUGCUUUUGUUUCGGGUAGGCAAUUACUUGAUGGGGUGGUGGUUGCUAACGAAUUGAUGGAUUUUGCAAAAAGAGAAGGGAAUGAGUGUUUACUUUUCAAGGUUCAUGCUCAAGAACAUGGGUUUCGGGGAGGUGUGGAUGUCAUGGAUGGAGACGUUGAUUUAUCUAUUAGGAUGUCGGUUUUGGUCAGCGGUAGCCCAACGAAAGAAUUUCGGAUGGGAAGGGGUUUGAGACAAGGUCCUCCUUUGCCUUUCCUUUUUGUCCUUGUUGUAGAAGGUUUAAGGGGGGUUGGUGAGUAA